AGCCCUUGAAAAAUUUUUUCUCGAUUUUUUUCUUUGCUCGUCUCUCUUUUCUCUCUCUCCCUCGUCCACCGCAUAGAACAGAGAAAAAAAAGAAGCACAAGGAAAUAGAGAAGAAGCAAGCAUCCGAUUAGCAGCGCCGCGCGAGGCGCCCAUCGAAUAACCCUAAUGAUGCAGCAGCAGCAGCAGCCCUAUAUCCACAGCUCCGAGCGCUAUGGAGGGUAUGGCGGCGCGGCCAGGGCGGCGCGUGGCGGCGGCGGUAGCUUAGGCGGCGACGGCGACGAGGAUGGGGAGGAAGAAGAAGAGGAAGAGGAGGAAGAGGAAGAGGAGGAGAGCUCGGGCAGGAUGCUAGGGUUUAUGUUUGGGAACGUCGAUGACACUGGAGACCUUGAUGUGGAGUACCUGGAUCAGGAAGCGAAGGAGCACCUCUUUGCAUUAGCUGAUCAACUAGGUCCUUCACUGGUUGACCUGGAGCUAUCUUCCAAGGCUAGGCAAUUCACCGCUUCCGCGGCCUUGAAGGAACAAGAUGACUAUGACAGGAAGGCCGAGGAUGCCGUCGACUACGAAGAUAUUGACGAAGCUUGUGAAGAUGAUGGCCAAAUGCUGCCCGAGGAUAAACAGUAUUAUGCUCAAGCUGCUCUAGCUGUUCCUUCGAAGCAAGUUGAGGAGGAUGACUAUGAUGAAGAGCUUCCGGAUGAUACUGUGCCCGCUGCUCCAGACCUUCCUAAGCCGACUGAAGAACCGCUUGUGUCUAUUGCAAGUGACGAAACACCUUUACCGACUCCAGAACUUCUUUCGUCGAGUUCAAUACUGCCGUCUCCAAGUUCGGCGUCUCCUUUGUCUACUGCGCUACUUCCUGUUACGAGUCCGGAAGACCUUCCUUUAUCGAGAACACAGAUUGAAGUUGAGGGUUCUCCCGACGAGAUGCUCGAUGAAUCGGAGGAUGACAUCGACUCAGAAGAAGAGCUUUAUGAGGACUUAUCCGCAGAUGAUGAAAGUGAGCAGUUUGAAUUGCCAAUUAUUUUUCAAGAACACGGCAAGCAAAUUCUACAGUUUUCUGAGAUUUUUGGUGCGAAGCAGCCUUUUUGGAUGCUUGGUAACAAAAAACUACGGACAAAAAGGUCACACUUCAAAGGAAGACCCGGAAGAUUCGAUUCAAUGAUUGAUGAUGAUGAGGCUCAAGUCUUGAAAGUGCUACCUGAAAAUCACGAUAUCACGCAGCUGUAUUACCAGGAGAUUGAUGCUAGAGAAGGCCAGGAGCUGGCAGAUGAGCUCAACGAGGUAGGGCCGAAAUUCCUUAGCUGCCAACCUUUGGACAAGAAGCUUCCUGCGCUGGCCGACAUCGAAAAAGAUUUUUCAGUGAACUUCGAUCCUAUUCAUCAACUUGACUGGGAGACCGAAAUCGUGUGGGAUGCGGAGCGGAAACCGUCUCAAGACGAGGACUUCGAAAUUGCGGAGCCGGCAGAGGGAGACAGGCUUCACCUUCAAGCAUCAGUGAGCGGGAAGGACGCUUUUGACAAGCUAAUUAUUCUGGAACCUUUAUGUCGGGAUGGUAGACGGGCGUCAAAAACUGCUAGCAAACAUCCUCAAAUGCUCAGGUUGGAAGCUUGGCGACAUCAGCCGGGGAAUGAACUUUCGAGAAAGCUGGACAGGCUAAACUUCGAGGUGGAGCUCAAAAACCCGGACUUAGCGGCAGGAACGUGGCUGAGUAACGUUUGCUGGGAUGAGGAAGAUGCGAAGCAAAGAUCUAGCAAAUACAGGGCAAUUUUCGAUCUCAUGGACAGUCAUAUGGUCUUUGAGGUUUCCGACGUACGGGAAACGAAGAGCAUUCGGGACCAUGCAGCUGCUAUGUUGAUAAGCCCACGGACUUCGAAAGGAAAACAAUCAGAGACGGCGGACGUCAUGCUUCCUUCCCGCUUCAAUAUUUCGAACGAUAAGUAUUAUGUCGUAAAGAAGACGCCUCAGCAACAAAAGCUACAGGCGAAGAAGCGGGCUAUCGUUGGCGGAGUUAAGGUUGCGCAUUCUGUUCCUGCGUUGAGGUUGCAAACAAUGAAGCCUAAGCUGACGAAUAAGGACCUGGCGAAUUUUCAUCGUCCAAAGGCUACCUGGUUCCCUCACCACAAUGAGGUGGCGGCCAAGGAACAAGGCGAACUUGCGGCGAGAGGGCCAAUGAAAGUGAUAUUGAAAACACUAGGCGGCAAGGGCAGCAGGCUUCACAUUGAUGCAUCUGAUACUCUAGAAACAUUCAAAAUGAAGGCUUCGAAAAAGUUUGGAGAUUUGAAGCCGUCGGAAAAUACGAAGCUUAUGUAUUCUGGACGGGAGCUGGAAUCGAACAAGUCCUUCGCAGAGCAACGAGUUCCCCCGAAUUCUGUUUUACAUCUAGUUCGGACUAAAGUUCAUCCAUGGCCGAAGGCUCAACGGCUUCCAGGUGAAAACAAGCCUACUCGACCACCCGGGGCGUUCAAAAAGAAAUCAGAAUUAUCUGUCAAAGAUGGACACGUUGCUCUGAUGGAGUAUUGCGAAGAACGUCCCCUUUUACUGAGCAAUGUUGGGAUGGGUGCAGUUUUGUCAACUUAUUAUAGGAAGAUGUCUCCGACGGAUAGUACAGCCGCAACAUUAAAAGAGGAAAGAGGUUCCUGGAUUGGUGCAGUUCUUCCACUUGAACCGGCUGAAGAUUCACCAUUUUUGGGAAACAUUCGCCUUGGAGAAACUCAGUCCUGUCUAGAAACGAAUAUGUACCGCGCUCCUGUUUUCCAACACCGCGUUUCAUCGACAGAUUUUCUUCUAGUUCGUUCUUCAAAGGGGAAGCUUUCCUUGAGGCGUAUUGAUGGCCUUCACGUUGUUGGCCAGCAGGAACCUCAUAUUGAGGUCAUUGCUCCUUCGUCAAAAACAGUUUUACACUACCUUGGUAAUCGGCUCCUAGUGCAUGUGUACCGGGAAUUUCGUGCAAAAGAUAAGCCUGGGAUGUCACCACAAAUUGGGGCCGAUGAAUUGAUGGCUCACUUUCCAUCGCUUACGGAUGGUUUCAUUCGGAAACGUUUGAAACAUUGUGCCGACUUGCAGAGAGGACCACACGGAGAUAUGAGAUGGGUUAUGCGACAAGGUUAUCGCAUCCCAUCCGAAGAGGAGCUACGACGAAUGGUGACGCCUGAAAAUGUAUGCUCUUAUGAAAGUAUGCAAGCAGGGCAACAUCAUCUUAAGAGAAUGGGUGUUAAUAAGCUGACGCAUCAAAAUGGUCUUGCUGCAGCAAUAUGCCAGAUACCAGAUGUGCCUGUAACACUUGCCACUGCUGCCCACAUAGAGCGGGAACUCCUAAUCACUCCGUGGAACUUGACGGCGAACUUUGUAGCUGCUAUGAUGCAGGGUCGUAAUGGCAUUGAGAGACUUGAGAUUAUAGGUCCGGGUGAUCCGACUGGUCGAGGCCUUGGCUUUAGCUACAUACGAGUGGCUUUACGACCGCCUAACACUGGUGCAAUGGUCGAGAAGAAGGCAGCUGCUGCACGAGGUGGUGGUGCUGUUACGGGCACUGAUGCGGAUUUGCGUCGGUUAAGCAUGGAAGCUGCUCGAGAGGUCCUUCUGAAAUUUGGCGUACCGCAAGAGGAAAUAGAUAAGUUAACUCGAUGGGAUCGAAUUGCAAUGGUCAGAACACUCUCUAGUGAGCAUGCUGCUGCGGGAGAAGCAACAGGAGCUGCAGCGUUAAACAAAUUUGCUCGUGGUAAUCGUCUUCCGUUCGUCCAGUUACAACAACAAGUUCGAGAAAGGUGUCAAGAGAUAUGGGAUCGCCAAGUUCAGAGCCUUCUUGCUAUUGAUGGUGACGAGUCCGAAAGUGAAGGGGAAGGGAAUGGGGACUUGGACUCCUUCGCAGGCGACCUAGAAAAUCUUUUGGAGGCGGAAGAGGAAGAUGACAAAAAUGUUGCAGCGAAGAAAGACAAGAGGGAAGGACUUAGAGGUCUUGGUGCUCGUCGACGUGCGUUACAGGCUCAGUUAGAAGAGGACAUGGAGGACGAAGCUGCGGAAGCUGCUGAGCUGCACCGAAUGCUGAUGGAAGACGAUGAAGCUGAGGAAGACGAGAAGCGAAAGAAAGCAGCGAUUGCGAAUGCAAGUUCAAAUGGAAACGCACCAGUUGCGACUCCGGCGCCUCCUCCUAUACAAGCCCUUCCUACACCUGCAGCUACAGGACCCAAGAAGAAAAGGAAAAUCCUCAAGCGGAUCAUCAAGAUAAAAAACCCGGAUGGAACGAUUACGAGGAGGGAGGAGAUUAUCAAAGACCCCAUAGAGAUAGCUAAGCAUCUCGCAAAGAAGAAUGCUGCAAACGGUCAAGCGAAGGUUAGCAAGGUUACAUUUGAGAAAACAAAACCAACUAUUAAGAACGUGAAAAAGACGACAGUGGCCAACGUAAUAAUCUUUUUUUCGAUUGAGAAGAUCAAUAAUUGGGUUUCAUUGCAGAAAAAUUUGGGCACUUCGAAAAGCCGAGACGCCAAAGAAGGCUUGCAAGUCGUUUGUGGAGGUUGUGGCCAGCUGGGACAUAUGCGUACGAACAAGAAGAAGUGCCCGCUUUAUUUGGAUGAGGCAGGUGGCGCGAGGCCUGAGGCUGAAUCUGCGCCGGAUCGUCCAGUUCAGAGAGUAACUAUAAAGAAGAAGAAGAUUGAAGACCUUGACAACAAGCCCGUUGGUGAGACUCCCAAGCUUCGCGUCAAGUUCAAAAAUCCGAACGUAGAGCCGGGGCUCCAAAGUGCAAAGAGUAGCUCCAACAGUUUAAUUCGACCAGCGGAACAGAAAGCCGCCUCAGAACCAGUUGUUAACGGCCACAAGCCCACGGUCGUGAAGAUAAAGAUCAAGAAGCUUGACCCCGCGGCGGAGCCAGUAUUACAGCAACAGCCUGAGGCGGAAAAGGUGAUGGAGCAACCAGCCCAGCAGGAGGAGAUGGACGUGAACGAAAGAGCAGCAGAUCCACAAGUCAAGUCCGAGGUGGACAGGGCGCCUGAGCAGGAGGUGCGACAACAUGCCACAACAGAGCAACAGAUGGAGGUGGAUAGGAAGAGACAGGCGGAGAAGGUCCGGGACGCAGAUAGGAAAAAGAAGAAGCAUAAGAUUAAGGAACACAAGAAGGAGAGACAAAAAGACAAGUCCGAGGACUUGGAAAGGAAGAUGGAGGAGAGGCGGUUGCAGGAGGAGAAGGCGAGGAUACUCCGGGAAAUGGAGGAGGCGAGGCUGCGUGAGGCGGAGGAGAGGAGGCUCCAGGAGGAGAGGGCCCGGAUUCUUCGAGAAAUGCAGGAAGCUCAGGAGCGGCAGCUGCAGGAGGAGAGGGCCAGGAUCAUGAAGGAUACGGAGAAGCAGCGUCAGUUCCAGGAGCAGCAGCAAAAGAAGGUCCGGGUGAUGCAACCCCCGCAGGAGACGAGGAACACCAUUGUCAUUAAGAACCCCGGCAGGAAGAAUGUCAAGAGACGAGAGAUGUCCGGACAAUUCGACUAUCAAGAUCGGACUCCGAAGAGGCAACGCAAGCGAGGCGGAGGAGAGGUUGAGCUGGCCAAUAUCCUGGAGGAGAUUGUGCAGGGGCUCAAGGAGAAGGAGUUUUCGAGAUUAUUCCGGAAGCCUGUGACGAAGAAGGAUGCACCCGACUACCAUUUGGUGAUAUCGACACCCAUGGAUCUCUCGACGAUGAGAGACCGGGCCCGGAACCUUUUUUACAAGUGCCGGGAGGAUUUUCUUGCGGACAUGCACCAGAUAGUGGACAACGCUCACACAUACAACGAGAAGCGGAACCCGGGGAUACCCCCUCUGGCGGACCAGCUCUUGGAGAAGUGUGAGGAUCUGCUAGAACUUAGGCACUCGGAGCUGAGCGAGGCGGAGGAAAGGAUGGGAGAGGAGGACGGCGGCGGCGGUGGUGGCGGAGGACAGGUCCAGGUGAUCGGCGGCGGUGGCGGUGGUGGUGGUGGUGGUGGCGGCCGGAAGCGGAGCUUAAGAAGUCUGUGAAGCUUCUGGAUGGAUCACAACCUCCAUCUCUAUUCUUUUUUUCUUCUCUUCUUUAUAUCAUCCUGACGACCUGUUUGUUUUUUGCCGCUGCCUGUAGGUUGUACAAAUUAACCAUUCUUUUUGUGCAUAUUGUGCCAUACUUUUCAGGAAAGAGAAGCUAGCCAAAGUGUCUGAUUUUCGUUAGAAAGGUUGGAUAUAUAUCUCAGCAUGCAAUAUAUUCUGGCAUAUUCGGAUCUUAUGAAAUAACAUUUCAAAUAUACUUA